UAUUAUUACCACAGGAUGUAUACUUUGUGUGUAUAAACACUGUGACACUGUGUUAUUGUUUGUAAGAAAUGUCAAAAAAUUCAAUAGUUCGGUCAGAAAGAGAGUUAAAUAUAAAAUUUAUACAAAAAGUUGAAAAAUAUUUGGUUCUAUACGACAAAACAAUUGAAUGCUAUUCAAGCGAAAAUGAUGUGGAUGAAGCUUGGAAUGAGGUAGCAGAUUACACGGGGAUUUCUGUUUCAGAAUGUAAAAAGAAAUGGAUUAUUAUAUGUCAAGCUUUAAAGCGUAACCUUCAAGAAAAUGAAAAGACCAAUAGAAAAAAUGCUAAAUAUAAUUAUCUAAUUCCGCAUUUAAAAUUUAUGAUACCAUUUCUAAAAAAAAAGAAAACUACAAAAUCCAGCGAUGAUGAAGAUGGUAGUGACGAUGGUAAUGAAACCGAAGAUACGAAAGAUUUAGACAGCUUACGUGAAGCAAAACGAAGACAAAAGAAAGAUACGAAAUAUGAUGGAAGUAUGAAACAUGACAACCCUGAUAUGUCAUUUUUACGUAGUUUAUUACCCGAUCUAGAACUGAUGAAUACACGACAAAAACAAAAAUUUAAAAUUGGUGUUUUAAAUUUAAUGAAUGAUAUUCUUGAACAAAGUGAAAAUUAUACUGAGUUAGAACCAGAUUCAAAAAAAAUAUCCAUCAUUUCUGAACAAGAGUUAAUUGUUAAAGACGAAGAUACUUAA